AGUGCCCCAGUAGUGAAGGGUAGCCCGGUAGACGUUAGCGGCGCUAAAAUACGUGGCAGAAAGCUUUCGACAUGGAGGUAGCCGCUCUGAUCGCCUUGACUUUGUUACUGGGAGCACUGGUAGUUCUGGUGGCGUUAGCGGUGGGGAGACGGAAGGAAGAAAUACGGGAGGAAACGGAACAGGCGGCGGAGUUUGCCGCUGAGAGCAGUGCAGUAAAAGGUCCUGCAUCCAAGAAACAGAAGCAGGAGAAGCAGCGCAGCCGCAAAGAUAAACCUUCACAGCACAGUUUCAGCCACCCGCUGCUGGCGUCCUCCCUGAAGGGCCACAGUGGAAACGUGACGUGCAUCGAUUUCAGCAGCAACGGGAAGUACCUGGCGUCCUGCGCUGACGAUCGAACCGUCAGGAUCUGGAGCACCAAAGAUUUCCUGGACCGGGAGCACAAAUGUCUGAGGGCCAACGUGGAGCUGGAUCACGCCACGCUGGUCCGCUUCAGCCCAGACUCCAGGGCGUUCAUCACCUGGUUGGCCAACGGAGACACCAUUCGAAUCUUCAAAAUGAUCAAGAAAGAUGACGGAACUUUAAGCUUCAAAGCUGCCGCUGAGGAUUUUCCACAGAAACACAAAGCUCCCAUCCUGAACAUCGGCAUUGCAGAGACGGGUAAGUUCAUCAUGAGUGCCUCCACCGACACCAGCAUCCACAUCUGGGACCUGAAAGGAGACAUCCUGGCCUCCAUCAACACCAACCAGAUGACCAAUUCUUAUGCUGCCAUCUCCCCGUGUGGAAGGUUUGUAGCGUCCUGUGGUUUCACUCCUGAUGUGAAGGUCUGGGAGGUUUGCUUUGGGAAAGGAGGAGAGUUCAGAGAAGUGGUGAGAGCCUUCGACCUGAAGGGUCACUCUGCAGGAGUUCACGCAUUCGCCUUCUCUAACGACUCUCACAGAAUGGUGACGGUCUCCAAAGAUGGAACAUGGAAGCUGUGGAACACUGAUGUGGAGUACAAGAAGCAGCAGGACCCCUACCUGCUGAAGACGGUUCCCUGCGCCUCGUCUGAAGGCAGCCGGGCGGCUUUAUCUCCGGACGGCCGCGUGGUCGCCAUCAGCGACGGCGUUAACGUGGCGAUGUACGACGCCGGCAGCGGGAAGCUGGAGGAGGAGCUUCACGGCGUCCACAGCGAGGAGAUCACCGACCUCAGAUUUGACAUUAACGGACGUUUCCUGGUGUGCAGCGGCGACAAGGCGAUCCGAGUGUUUCACAACGCGCCGGGCUACCGGGCAGCCAUCAGGGACAUGCAGGACAUGCUGAAGAAGGCCCAGAACGAGGCCAUGAAGCAGAGACUGCAGCAGCAGAUCAAAGAGGCUCAGAGCGCCCUGGACACUGUGCUCGCUGCUACCGUCGACUGAAAGAACCUCAAGGAAUCGCCUCUGACUGACUGCUGGUCUCUAAUGUGAUGUCAACUCUCCUUCUGGCUCUGAAUGAGCCGAGAGGAAUCAUGGAAUCUGCAUGCAGUUUUAAUAAAGACUGUGUUUUUAUGGAAA